UUAUAAUUUUGGUCAAUUUUAUGUAUAAAUUUUCAACGCUAAGGAAACCUUUUGUGUAUUUUAUUUUAGGAGGGCCUGGCUCUGGAAAAGGUACUUAAUGUGAAUUGUUAAGUAAAAAUUUAAAAUGCGUGCACUUAUCUGCUGGACAAUUGUUGAGAAAUGCUAUUAGCAAUGAUUCAGAGCACAAAAGUACGAUUGAAAAUUGCAUAAAUAGUGGAAGAAUAGUUCCUAGUCAUGUGACAAUCAAUUUAUUGGACAAGGCCAUUUUUGAAGAGUAAAGUUCUGAGACAUUUUUGAUAGAUGGAUUCCCUCGAAAUUAUGAGAACAUGGAAAAUUGGAUAGCAUUGAUGGAUCACAAAAUCACAUUUAAGAGUGUCAUCCACAUUCUGUGUUCAAGAGCCACCAUGAUUUAGAGAAUAACAGAGAGAUCCAAAACAAGUGGGAGGUCAGAUGACAACAUCUAAACUUUGGAAAAGAGAUUCAUCACAUAUUAAAAUGACACUUACAAAAUAAUAGAGCAUUAUCGAAAUCGAAAGCAAUUGAUUGAAAUUAAUGGAGACAACUCAAUAGAAACAGUACAAGGAGAAAUAUUGGAAUCACUUAAAAAGCAUCACAGUUAGUGAACUUUGAUAUUCCGUAUUUGUUUUAUAAAUAGUUAUA